GGUAUAUCAUGUUUUCAAUAUUUACCUUUUUAUCCGUCGAAGUGUCCGUCUUGUUAGAAUUUUGCGAAAUUACAAAUAAUGGCAGAAGUCACUGCAAGUUCAGAAGGGUUAUUUUCUGUCGAAGAAUGUGUCAGGCCUGCUGCAUCUGAAUAUGCCAGCUAUUUUGAAAUAGAGCAAAAGAAACAGAGCCAACAUUUAGAAGAAGAAAUUGAAGAAAUGCUGACCAAACUUGAUGAGUUUUGUGCAGUUGUGGACAUGGUAAGAACAGACUCCUCCCUUGCCUUGAACAGAAGUCUUCCAGAAAUUCAAACCAAAGCCAAGAACAUGGAGAAAAUAUUUACACGGAUUGAUCAGCUGGAGGAAUUUGUAUCCAUUGUAAGAAAGAAUGUUGAUGCCUACGAGGAACUUGUCAACACUGCAGAGAAAGAUCUUGGGACUCUUAAUUCCAUCAAGUCGCUAUUCAGCUCAUUACCACUCUUUUCAAAAAAAAUAACCGCCACCAAACAGAAGAAGUUCGCGGCCCCUGAAGUCUUUUCCACCAGUGACUACAUCACCAAACCCACCGGCUCAAUUAGACAAACAGAGGAGGACUCAUAGCGGGAGCUCUUGCCAGCUUGUUGUGUAUUGUAAUUGUUCUUCCAAAAGAUGCCACGGGCUGAUGCCAUUCUUGGAACUGAUUCCACUGUGUUCUCCCCAUCUGCGAUCAACUCAGUGAUCUCUUUGCUGGCAGAUUCUCGAAGAAAAUUUACCUCUUUGAAUUCUUCCCGAUCUUCAUGUGAAGAUUUUAUGUAGAGACUAUCCGUUCCUCUCAGGAAUUCUACCACCCUCACAUCUCUCAAUCGGACCUUCGUAUUUUUGCGAGACUGAUCAUCAAAGUGGGACAUGUCGGUGUGGUUCAGUACAAUGCAUUUAGUUCCCUUUCGGGAAGACUUGAUCUCGUCCUGGUAGUCAUGGAAAUAAAAUAUUGCAGACUUUGAGUUUAAUUUCAUUGCAAUAUUGCGAUGAAUGCUGUCAGCUGCCAUAAAUGUAUGUCCAGGUUUGAGGUACUUGAUGGCAAUCUUGACCUGAUGAUUUAGAUCAUUCACUUAUUUUUGUCAUUUCAGAGAAGAGAGUCCAGUUUUAAAUAAACUCAAUGAAAAUAAUAUAUACUAAAGUAACUGGUGUGUGCCCGCAGAAGUAGAAGGUUUAUAAGGCUGGAAGCUCUGUGAAAGGGGAAGUUCACCCUGGAAAAAGUUCAUUGUAAAAAUAGCAUAAAGCAAUAAUUAAACAUAUUACCGAAGGUUUGAGGAAACUCCAUCAAAGAUUCAAAAAGUUUAAAGAAUUUGAAUCAUUUUAUUUGUGACGUCAUAUGCGAGCAGCUUUCCUACAUAUUGAAUGGUAAUAGGAUGUAUGCGCAGAUAGACCCUUUUGCCUGAUUAAAUGAAUACAUCUUCUCCAUAAUUUAAUCUGGCAAAAGGGUCUAUGUGCAGAUAGACCCUUUUGCCUGAUUAAAUAAAUACGUCUUCUCCACCAUGUAAUCUGGCAAAAGGGUCUCUGUGCAGAUAAACCCCUUUGCCAGAUUACUACCACUUUUUAUAGGGUCUAUGUGCAGAUAGACCCUUCUGCCAGAUUAGAUACCGGUAAAAUGAUGGAAUUUGAUAUUGGUGUCCUCUGGUAUCUCGAAAACGAAAGCUCGAGCACCACUGAGAGUUGGCCAGAUGAAAAUUUUGGCCUCAUAAACCCUAGAUAUGAAAAAAAAAAAAUUCCAAAAUUUUGCAGAAAGACCCUUUUGCCAGAUUAGGGCCGAGCAGUUGAAGUCCUUCUCUCCUGCCUUGUAGACAUACAAGUAUGCGAUCUCCUUUUUUUUGUUUCAGGGACUUUCCUUUUCUUUUUUUUUGGCAGAGGUUGUAUCCAUUAUUUCUUAGGUUCUGGAGGAAUCCAGUGAGACGUAUUUGUCUUGCAGGAACCCUUUUCAAUAAUUUGUUGUAGAUGAUGUUAAAAAAACAGAUGAAAGAUGUUCUGCUCCUUGCUAAUUCAAAUGUACAUAGUCAUUGCGGUACAAAGACAAAUCACAAAGAAAAUGCCUGUCACUAUCAAGAAAGUUGCAAUUAUUCUUCAAACAAAAUUGUUCCAAACUGUUGUUCUAAAUUAAACAAUGCUUAUGUAGAAAUUCACAAUCAUAUUUGGGAAGUAUGCAUUAAAAAACAAUUCAUGCAGUGAUGAACCUUUGCCUCACACUGCUAAAAAGACAAAAGCACCAAUAUCCUUACUCCAAAAACUGUUCUCUUUAGUUCCAACAUGGAUAAUUACAAAAGAAGUUGAAAAAAAAAUGACAUAUCAUCAUAUUCUCUAUCAUUUGGUUCAGAUGAACCAUGUGGACUGAUGUUGGUGAUUGGUACUUUGGCACGAGGAGGGUUAUCCACUUCUUGUUAGGUUUCUUGUUUACCGUCAAAUCUCAACAAGAGAUUCCGAUGGAGGACCUGUGGUGCAAGGUCAGUACCCACCUUCUGCACUCGAUGAACAGGUGAGUCAUCCAUCUUUGACUGAACUUCAUACACGUCAUCACCCCAUCUAUUGGCUAACUUGUGUUUUCCCCUUAGAUGUGCCUCUUUUUACUUGAACAUGGACACCUUUCUCUUGGAUUGGUGUCUUGACUUUCUGAUCGUAGUGCCCUUUAUUGACAAUACUGCAGGCAGCCGUAUUCCUCCCAGCCUAUUCUUACUUGUAGGCCUCGGGUUGCUACUCUCGCAGUGCUUUAAUGUCUUGUCAGUGUGCACAGACCACUGUGGGUCUAUUCCUAAGGCCAAGUCAAUUGGCGGGCCUGCGUGCAUUCCUUCCAAACAUCCGAUAAGGUGAGAAAUGUGUUGUAUCAUUUUCGCCACAAACAUUGUACGCAUAGUACAAGUUUACUUUCAUGCCGUCGCCACUCUGACUUUUGUUUGUCGGAGAGAUAUCCAAGCAUGUCAAGAAGGACACGGUUGAAUCUCUCCACUGGAUUUGACUGUGGAUGGUGAGGUGUCGUUGUUUUCUUCUCAACACCAGCCAUAACACACAGUUCCCGUAUCAAGUAUGAAUUCAUAAAUUCUUUACCAAUAUAGUUUCUCUAUUUUUUUUUCUGCUUUUAUUAAAGCCAACUUAUUGCCAAGGUGAACUCUUGCAGAAUGAGGUACUAAAGAUCAAAUUC